GUGUGUCCCGCGGCGGGGGCUCCCUGUGGGUGCGCGGCCCGGACGGUCUCCCCGCGCGCCACCGGCUGCAGGAGAGAUGGUCGGGGCCCACGUGACCAUGGCGGCCGGCGGCGGCGGGGACAGAGCGGGCCCGGACGGCCCGGCGGCGGCCGCCCCCCAGUUCGAGUGCGGCGAGUGCGGGAAGGCCUUCAAGUGGUCGUCGCGGCUGAUCCACCACCAGCGCACCCACACGGGCGAGCGCCCCUACAAGUGCCCCGACUGCCCCAAGGCCUUCAAGGGGUCGUCGGCCCUGCUCUACCACCAGCGGGGCCACACGGGCGAGCGGCCCUACCAGUGCCCGGACUGCCCCAAGGCCUUCAAGCGCUCCUCCCUGCUCCAGAUCCACCGCAGCGUGCACACGGGGCUGCGCGCCUUCACCUGCGCCCAGUGCGGCCUGGCCUUCAAGUGGUCCUCCCACUACCAGUACCACCUGCGGCAGCACACGGGCGAGCGGCCCUACGCCUGCGGCGACUGCGGCAAGGCCUUCAAGAACUCGUCCAGCCUGCGGCGCCACCGCCACGUGCACACGGGCGAGCGGCCCUACGCCUGCGCCGUCUGCGGCAAGGCCUUCACGCAGUCCACCAACCUGCGCCAGCACCAGCGCAUCCACACGGGCGAGCGGCCCUACCGCUGCCCGCUCUGCCCCAAGACCUUCACCCACUCCUCCAACCUGCUCCUGCACCAGCGCACCCACGGCGGCGGGGCGGCCCCGGCCCCCGCGCCCGGCCCGCCGCCCGGCCCGCCGCCCGGCGCGGCCCAGCGGCGCCGCGAGCCCGGCGGGAAGGUCUCCGCCUCGGACGCCCACCUGCGGGAGGGCCCGGAGGCCCCGGCCGCCCCCGCCGUGCCCGAGCCGUUCCUGGCGGCGGCGGAGACGACGGCGGAGACGACGGCGGAGCCCGCGUACCGCUGCCCGCGCUGCGGGCUGGCUUUCGACAGCGAGGACCUGCUCGCGGGGCACCGGCGGUGCCACGCCGCGGAGCCGGGGGGGCCCGGGCCCCCGGCCCGCGGCCCCCGGGGGAAGACCCCGGAGCCGGCGGCCGGCCCCGCCCGCCGCCGGCAGGGCCCCGGGGCCGGGGCCGGGGGGUCGGCCUUCCGCUGCGGCGGCUGCGACCGGUCCUUCCCGCAGCUGUCCAGCCUCCUGGCCCACCAGCAGUCCCACGUGGAGGAGGCGGCGGCCGGGCAGCCCCUGCCCCAGGCGGAGGCCGAGGUGACCUGCCCGCAGGAGCCCCCGGCUCCCGGCCCCGCGGCGGCCCCGCCCGAGCCCCCCGACCGGCCCUACAAGUGCGGGGAGUGCGGCAAGGCCUUCAAGGGGUCGUCGGGCCUGCGCUAUCACAUGCGGGACCACACGGGCGAGCGGCCCUACCAGUGCGGCGAGUGCGGCAAGGCCUUCAAGCGCUCCUCCCUGCUGUCCAUCCACCAGCGCGUGCACACGGGGCUGCGGGCCUUCGCCUGCGGCCAGUGCGGCCUGACCUUCAAGUGGUCCUCCCACUACCAGUACCACCUGCGGCUGCACACGGGCGAGCGGCCCUACGCCUGCGGCGACUGCGGCAAGGCCUUCCGCAACACCUCGUGCCUGCGGCGCCACCGCCAGCUGCACACGGGCGAGCGGCCCUACGCCUGCGCCGUCUGCGGCAAGGCCUUCGCCCAGACCUCCAACCUGCGCCAGCACCAGCGCGUCCACACGGGCGAGCGGCCCUACCGCUGCCCGCUCUGCCCCAAGACCUUCACCCACUCCUCCAACCUGCUCCUCCACCAGCGCACCCACUCGGCCGAGCGCCCCUUCACCUGCGCCGCCUGCGGCAAGGGCUUCGUCAUGGCCGCCUACCUGCAGCGUCACCUCCGGACCCACGCCCCCGCCCCCGCCCCGCCGCCGCCGCCCGCCCCGCCGGGCACCCAGGAGGUCCACAUCGUGCCCAACGUCCAGGCCACGCUCCGCCUGGAGCUGGCCGCGGGGGGCCCGGCCCCGGCCCCGGCCCCCAACUCCCAGACCUUCCUCCUGGUGCAGACGGCGCAGGGCCUGCAGCUGAUCCCCAGCAGCGUCCAGCCCGGCGCCCCGCCCGCCCCGCCCCCGCCCAGGGUGGCCCCCCGGGGGCGCCGAGGCCUGGGGAAGGGACGCAAGCCGCCCCCGCCGCCCGCCCCCGGCGUCUUGCUGCUGCCCGGCCCGCCCAGCCCCGGCCUCCAGCUGCAGGGCCUGGUCGGGGCGGGGGCCGGGGCCGGCCAGAGCGUCCUCGUCCUGCACAGCGUGGGACCCGAGCCCGGGGCCCACGAGGUGACCGACAUCCAGUUCCAAGCCCUCCCGCCCGCCCCGGACGGGACCGGCGUCCGGCUCCAGCCGGCCCCGGAGGGGAUCGGCGUCCAGUUCCAGGCCCUGCAGCCCGUCCCGGAGGCGUCCGGCGUCCGGCUGCAGCCCGUCCCGGAGGCGUCCGGCGUCCGGCCGCAGCCCGUCCCGGAGGCGUCCGGCGUCCCGCUGCAGCCCGUCCCGGAGGCGGCCGGGGUCCCGCUGCAGCCCGCCCCGGAGGCGGCCGGCGUCCAGCUGCAGCGCCUCCAGGCCCCCCAGGACACGGCGGCGCUGGACCUGCAGCCGGGGCAGGAUGUGCAGCUGCAGACGCUGCAGCCCGUGGCGGACCUGGCCGCCCCGGCCGGGAGCGUGGGGACCCCCGAGCCCCAGAACCUGCUGGUGGUGCAGAGCGGGCCGGGCCCCGGGACCGCCGAGGAGCUGCUGGCAAAUCAGGGGCCCGGAGCCGGCCCGGGGGACGGGGGCGCCGGGGAGGGCGCGGAGGAGGAGGAGGGGGUGGUCCAGGACGUGCAUUUCGAGACGCUGCAGACGGAGGAGGGACUGCAGAGCGUGCUGGUGCUGCGGGGGGCGGACGGGGAGCAGACGAGGCUGUGCGUGCAGGAGGUGGAGAGCCUGCCGGGGCUGGCCGACGCUCCGGCCCCCGGCCCCGGCCAGAAGCUGCUCAUCAUCCGCAGCGCCCCCGCGGAGCCCGCCUUCCAGCUGCUGGACGCCGCCCCCGCCCCCGCCGGGGGGCCCGCCCCCGCCCCGGGCCUGCAGCUCUUGCCGUCGCCCACCGGCACGCUGGGGCCCCUGCAGUCCUGCCCGCCCCCCCCUGCAGAUCCGGCCCCCGGGGCCGGCCGGCCCCCGCCCCCCGUCGCCGCCCCCUGCCCCUUCCAGCCCCCGGCUCCCGGCGGCCUGCAGAUGGUCCAGCUGGUGCCCGGGGGCGCCGGCGCCGGGGGCCGCAAGGCCCUGCCCUCCAUUCAGAUUGUCCAGACGGUCCCCACCGUCCAGCUCGUACACACUUUCUAAAGGGCGGAGGAAACGUGCCCGCGGGCCCGCCCCCCCCCACCCCACCCUCGCCCCCUCCCAACACCUGUCCGUCUCCCCCGGACCCCUCCUCUGGGCCCCCGGCCGCACCGAACUGUGGCGGCAGGAGAGGGGGAACGGGAGGAGGCUCCUGGCCUUCCUUACCUGGCUUUCCAGGGAGGAUCCAGCAGGUGGUUCCCCCCUCGCCCCCCACCCCCGGGGGGACAGAAAUGGGAUGAGGAGCCAGAUCUGUGUCCGGGGCGGGGGUCGGUGGAGGGGGCGUAGGGGGAGGCUCUCCCCUCUCCCCGCCAGGCUCUUCGCCAAUAAAGACAGAUGGUUCCCCCCAGCCCCGCUU